CCCACCACUACAAUCCACGUGCAACAUGGUGACGCCCCGCUAUCUCACUGCGCAGAAGAUCAGCCUCCUAGUCUUGACGCGUCUCUACUGCAGCUCGACUCUGCCCUCCUCGGCAACAAUACCCAUCCUCUCUUUCAUCCUGUCAUCUACAUCACCGUCAACUUCCCCAAGCGCCCGAAAUCAGUCCGCCUCAGCUUCUCCCAACAACACCACUUCCUUCUCCAUUGACGCUUUCGAACAUGUCCUCCAGGGCCAUGCUUCGAGCAUGCCGGGCCGGACCCUUCUAGAUCUUUUCCUCAAGCACAUGUGGGAACUGAAUUCGUUUGACGCACUGCACAAUCUCUUUGACAACCUCGGAGAGUUGUUAAUCCCCCCUCCGCCAGGAACUCGAGAUGGAGAAGCGCCGGAUCGUAUCUGUCUUUCGAGGGCUUCCCCGCUGGGUGCCUUUGUGCGCAGGGCCCGUCUGGAGUUUAACAGAGUGCAGUUUGAUGAUUCGAUGAAGCUCUGGUCUUCGUUCAUCAAGUACCGCUCGCCAACUGCACAGUGGACAAAGAGGCUUGCUGGGCUGGCUUCCAGUGGUAUUGACGUCGUCGCAGCAGAGAUGGGACUGCAGCCGGGCGAUGAUGUGUAUGAAGUUGCGUACGGGCACUUGGAAGAGCAGGAUGAAGAAGGAGAAGAACUAAGUCUCAACGACCUGGAUUGGAUUCUGGAAUUUCAACUUGACCGCCUCCAACGCUUUGGCUCUCGCGUCCCGGAAGCCAUGCAGUCGCAACUUCGCAGCAUGAUCAGCUCCUCGGGCCAUGUCCAUCGGCAAGCACAUCUCGUGUACUUCUUCGACGCCUGGAAAGCCGGAGACUAUACGUCCGCUUUUGAUAACCUGCAUCGCUACUAUGACUACGCUAUGCAGACGCGCGAAAAGAUCCACUACCAAUACGCCCUCCUCCACAUGGCCAUCUUGCAAGCCGACUUUGGCUGCUUCGGCGAAGCGAUCGCAGCGAUCAACGAGACGAUUGCCACAGCUCGCGAGAACCAGGACAUGACAUGUUUGAGCUUCAGUCUGAGCUGGCUAAAUCACAUCAGCAAGGCGUUUCCAAAACAGAUGAAGGGCACAGGGUAUAUAGGUAUGUUGGGGAGUGAGAGGGACGCAUUGACGUUCUUGAAAGCAAAGGCUAGGGAGACAAAGAUGUGGAAUUUACUGAGUGCGACGCUUCUUAACGAAGCAAAGCUGUGUCUUGCAGCGGGUGACUCCGUUCCCAGAGCUCUCGAGUACAUCUACCAGUCCUCGCACCUCAACAUCAAAGAACACAUCAGCAGUCACGGUAGUCAAAUGCUGUUGCAGUCGACACUGUACUCGCGCCUUGGAAUUCCACAUCUCGCCAACGCACAUUGCGAAUUGCUCCUCGACUGCUACGAGCACUCCUGCCCGAUUGAUGAGCGGGUCCGCGCUGUAGGACGGCGGGCAUUCAUCUUAAGCCAAAGCGGCCGUUACGAUGAGGCUAUCUCGGCCCUGAAGUCAAUGGAUCCACCUGUAUACAAAUCGCUGAAAUUCUACCAACACAUUCUCCUAAGCACCGGUCUCAUCAAACUCAAACGAGCUAUUCGCCGUUCCGACUACUCGGCAGCCACGCACCUCCUCUCAACCCUCAAGCCCGCUUCCGACCCCGCCUCCGACCCUCUCGACUCCGAACUCUCCUUCUUACUCCACGAAGCACACAUCGACUACCUCACUUCUCGCGGCUCCUACCCAGAAGCUUUUAGCGCUAUAUCCAGCCUCGCGCAGUCCCUCACAGAAGACAAUGCCGACAUCUUGCAGCGCGUCGCUGUGCUGCUCAUGAAAGCGGAGUUGUUCCGCAAAGUAGGCAAACCAGAACGUGGGUUCAGCGUUGCAUUGCGGGCAGCAAGCGUGGCCUUCAAGGCGAGAUUGAUGCCGAGUCUGUGGGUAAGUGUGGGGGUGCUGGCGAACCUUCUGAACGGGUUGGGGGAAUACGGAAGUGCGAGGCGCAUGUUGGAGGGUGUGUUGCCGCAGGCCCUGGAAAACGCAGACCAUAUGCUGAAUGGCACACUAUAUGCACACCUUGGUGACUCGUAUAUUGGCCUCGCGGGGCAGUGCGACGCUGAAUCACAAGCUGGUGUUCGUUCGAGAUGGGCCAAUGUCGCAAAGGCGGAACUGUACAUCGACAGGACUAGGGAGUGCUUCAAGAAGUGCUCUUUUCUGGACGGCGAGUGCGAGCAGCUGAUGAAGAAGGCGCUCAUUGCCAAAUUAAGGGGCGAUGAGAAAUUAGCAGAGGAGUGGGCGCAGAAUCACAAUCAAGUAUGGGAGAAGGGCAUGCGGAUGAACGAGGAGGGCUGAAUGAGCGAGAUGAGGAAGUAGAACAUAAAACGAUGCACGAUGAUAGAGUCAGAGUGUCUACGAGACUCGACUUGGCACAAGAUUUAAAGACAAAAGAAAUGUGUUGUUGAUUUGCUACUUGAGGCUUGCGCUUGUACUACGAACGCAAUCCCCACGCACACUGUUCGGGUCCAUCUGGAGCCCUAUAGGUAAAAAGAUACACGGUCUUGCAGGCACUUAUUCGUCCU